GGUCACAGGUUGUUCCCGGUAUGCAAUUAUCAUUGACGUGAGGAGAGUUGCAGGCUGGGGGGCUUAACUGAUGGAUGGAAUGGGAUGGAAAGCGUGUGAUGAAACGCCACCAACCUUACCUAUUUCUCCGUGUCUUGGAGAAGCUUCAGUGCCGGACCCGCGCUGCCGCGCCCCGUGUGGGCUCGCGUCUCCCAGCUCCCGGCGGUGAGGCGCGGCUGCCAUGAGCGGCAAGCUUGCGCCCAGCAAGAGCACCGUCUACAUCAGCAGCCUGCCGUUCGCGCUGACCAACAGCGACCUGCACAAGCUGCUGGAGAAGUUCGGCCGCCUGGUGCGUGUCACCAUCGUCAAGGACCGCGAGACGCGACGCAGUAAGGGCGUGGCGUUCGCCCUCUUCCUGCGCCGCGAGGAGGCGCUGGCGUGCGCGGCGGCUCUUGACGGCCGCACGGUCUUCGGGCGCACACUGCACGCCUCGCUGGCGCGCGACAACGGGCGCGCGGCCGAGUUCGUGCGCCGGCGCGAGUACCCGGAUAAGUCGCGCUGCUACGAGUGUGGCGAAGCCGGGCACCUCUCAUACGCGUGCCCUCGUAACGCGCUGGGCGAGCGACCGCCGCCCCCCAAACGGCCGCGCAAGAAGCGCCGCAAGCCGCCGCCGGCCGUGCCGGCCGCGGAGGACGAGGACGAGGAGGAGGGCGAAGACCCGCGCGAGGAGUCGCUGGCCGCCGCCAUCCAACACUGCUGGCGCACAGCCAGUGUCUUCAUCUGCGGCCUGCUACGGACAGCCAUCUAG